UUUGACGUUUAACAGGAAGUAACGACAAGCAAAAAGGAGAGGCGGAAACUUCAGUGAGUGAACUGACAUAUAAGUCAAGUCUGAGUUCUCUGUACAGUGUAGUUUCUCGUGCUCUUUUUACAGGUUGGACCAAACGACACACAACACCCGGAAGAAUGGCAGAAAAGGUGCUGGUCACCGGCGGGGGCGGCUACAUCGGGAGUCACUGCGUGCUGGGCCUCAUUGAAGCAGGAUAUCAGCCCAUCGUCAUUGAUAACUUCAGCAACGCUGUCAGAGGAGAAGGGGAUGUGCCCGAGAGUCUACGAAGGAUUGAAAAGAUUCUGGGAACUAGCAUUGAGUUCCAUGAAUUAGAUCUUCUGGACAAACCUGGUUUGGAAAAACUCUUCAAAAAGCAUUCCUUCACCGCCGUCAUCCACUUUGCUGGUCUGAAGGCCGUUGGCGAGUCGGUGGAGCAUCCGUUGCGCUACUACAAAGUCAACCUCAUCGCCUCCAUGAACCUGCUGGAGGUGAUGCAGGCCCAUGGAGUCCACAAUCUGGUCUUCAGCAGCUCCGCCACGGUGUAUGGAGAACCCCAGUACCUGCCCCUGGACGAAAACCAUCCCGUAGGUGGCUGCACCAACCCCUACGGACAAACCAAGUACUUCAUCGAGAAGAUGAUCCAGGACCACUGCCUGGCCGAGAAGGACUGGAAUGCUGUGCUGCUGCGAUAUUUCAACCCAAUCGGAGCUCAUGUUUCAGGCAUGAUAGGAGAGGACCCCCAGGGUAUCCCUAACAAUCUGCUGCCGUAUGUUGCACAGGUGGCCAUUGGACGAAGAACUUGUCUCAACGUCUUUGGGAAUGACUAUGACACUCCUGAUGGAACAGGGGUGCGAGACUACAUCCACGUUGUAGAUUUAACACUGGGACAUAUAGCUGCGCUGAAGAAGCUGAAGGAGACUGGCGGCUGCAAGGUUUACAAUCUAGGAACUGGAAAAGGCUACUCUGUGCUCCAGAUCGUAAAAGCCAUGGAAAAGGCAUCUGGGAGAGAGAUCUCAUACAAGAUUGCCCCUCGUCGUCCGGGAGACACCGCGUCGUGCUACGCUGACCCUUGUCAGGCGGAGAAGGAGCUGGGCUGGAAGGCUGAAUUAGACCUGGAAAGAAUGUGUGAGGAUCUGUGGCGCUGGCAGUCCAUGAACCCCAGUGGUUACAGUCCAGCCUCUUGAUGUAACUGAACGCUGGCGUGAGAGAAUAUUUUUUUAAAUCAUUGUCAUCUGGAUCUGACCUCAGGAGGAAGUCAAGCUCUGCAGUCUCAUUAACUCGUGAUUAACUCGUGAUUUUUUUAAAAACAACAAACAAACAAAAAAUCAUGUUUUCUGUGUGCUGUUGAAUCAGUUUUAUUAUUAUUAUUAUUAUUAUUAUUAUUAUUAUAAUCAGUGUCCGAUGAAAUAAUUGUUAUUUUCUCUAUUCAUGUAUUAAUCUAUAAGACAUAACAAUUAUGAAUUAAUAAAUUAUUUUUCAUACAUUGAAAA